AUAUAGGGUAUAAAUGAUUUUGAAAACUGGAACACCUGAUGGAGCACUAUGAUGGUGCAGCUAAACUAUAGGUAAUAUAGAAAAAAUGAUGACUUAACAAAAGUUGUUCAGUCUGAUGAGCAUUUCCUUUUGAAGUAUAAAAAUCGGAGAUCUGGAACACCUGAAGAAGAGCGAGUCAUAAUGGUCCAGCUAAACUAUAGGAAAUAUACAAAUGACGCUUGUGUAUAGGUAUCAUUACGCUUUGUCUGUACAGUUAAAUUUCUCUAAUAAUUUUGACUCCUUACCAAAAAUGUAAAUGGAUGAAUGUCCAAAAAACAAGAAUAAACGACAAUAAGCUACGACAAAAAUGGUAAUCAACGAGACUAGUCGAAUGCUGGGCGCUACCGGCUCCUCGUUUCUCUCUCUACCUGUCUGCCAGCCCAAAGCCCGCAAUGCCGUCUAACGGGUUCUCUCGCUCGCUCUUAUACAAUGUUAUUGCAAAUCACCUCCCACUAGCCGGUCGCGUCGCCCACCAUCACAUACGUACCGUUUAACAAACGGUCAGAUUUUUGUCCUAUGUCGGUAAUGUGGUCAGUCAACAAAUCCACGGAUGCAGUUUGCCUGCUCUGCCAAUAGUGAAUUGCAGUGUACAUUUAUUAUUUACCAUAAUAUGUUACGCAGCUUGUCAUUCAGAGUUUGUAAACUUUAAUUUGGCGGGAUUUGUCUACUUUAAAUCUGUUUCUUUGAUUAUUUUAUGUUCGUUCCAGCCUCUUUAUAAACAAAAUAUCUAUCAUAUGAAGCUCUUCAAUAAUAAUAAAUAUAAAUAGAUAAGUACCUAUUCACUAUAUAUAACAUGACUACAAUUAAUUCAAGAAAUAUGGAAUCUUUGCCGAACCAGUUUGUGUCAGCAAUGAAAACACUGUUUGACAUAAUGGAUGAUAAACACACAGGACUUGUAAAACUAACAGAUAUCGAGAACCGUUGGCGGGACGAUCGAACUAAAGGUUUGCCUCGAGGUGUAAUUGAAAGUCUUCAAAAGGUCGCUUCUCACGAUGGAUUAUUGAGCUUUGAAAGAUUUUGUACCGGUCUUAAGAUUUGUCUCCUACGAAAUCAAGUCGAGUGCGCUGCGAAAAAAGUGGAAAGUGUAGACAACAAUGUCAAGAAUACUGGAAUACACUCACAGGUACAGGUGACUCAGGUACACCGUCCGCCGUCUGCACCACUGUUGGAUGUUAAUGAAGCUCAAAAUAUAGAGAGAAAAUGGAAUGCUCUAAAAUCUUCAGAUAAUUCAACACAUAGAACGAUUAGUAUGCCUCAACUUAUAGGUCGCAAAGAGCCUCAGGUUCAAGAAAUAACUACAUUACCCUCAUUACCUAAACAUGAUUCACCACGAAUUUACGGGCCACCAAAACCACCUAGGUUAGAAAAAAAUUCGCAAGAUAGAAAAGAAUCUAGGUCAAUUUACAAAUCAGAAGAAGAUACAACUUUUGCACAUGAUGACAUAGCUGAGGGCAAAUUGGACUUUGAAGAAAUUUCACGAGCUGUUGAGGAACAGAGUAGAGGUCUUGCAGAUGGACGGUCUUCUAACGAUACACAAUCCCAAAUGCGUCGUGCGUCUCGCCGUAGAGAACCUAGGCGUCACACUUUGCACAAUGGGGUAGAUUAUAAUCUUCUUAAACGGAUGAAACAAAUUGAACAGGAAAAAGACGUGCUUCUUCAAGGCUUAGCGGCUGUCGAAGAAGCGCGUGAAUGGUAUCUAAAACAAUUGACUGAAGUGCAAGAAAAAAUGCGUUAUGCCGGAAGAAUGGGAACAUAUGUUGAGCCCUGGAGCGAAGCUCAUCAAGAAAGAUUGGAGCUGCUACGUGCUCGGGUGUUAGAACUGAAUCGGCAGUUGGGAGCUUUAGCAGCCGGCUGGAGACACGGUCAACUAUCUCUUCACAUGAACUUAGCAUUGCCUGUUGCAUCACUCUCUGGAACCCCGCCUGUGCCCAAUGCUGCUGUACUUAAGUCACAAAACCGCAUGCUCGCAGAGGAAGUUAAUCGAAAAAAUGAAAGAAUCUCAGUACUGGAAAGAGAAAAAUCUGCACUCAUCCGAGAAUUGCUGCUUCAAAGAAAUAGAACAAAACUGAUGGACAAUUUUACAUAAACAUGUCGCAGCCAUCUGGUUCAAUCAGCCAUUUAAUUGGAAGGCUAGCCGGCAUCGAUCAUUAAUUGAACUAAGUACCUAGCAUCAAUCAACAUUUAACUAUUUGGCUCAUCGUAAGCUAGCCAGGCAGGUGAUUAAAAUUUAGUUCACAUUUCAUCCACUGCGGUUUUAGUAGUCGCCAAAACAAAUAUGGCGUCAUUCCGCAGACCAUUUUUAAUCUCUGUAUACAGCUCGCACAGCAGUCAAGUUUUCGUAUAUUUUUCAGUUUAUAUCAAUACAUAUAAUAAAACAGUAGAAAAAAACAUCCUGUUAAUUGAAUAUAUUUACAUAAAACACCUGAUGCAUACCCAUGAUGGUACAGAUGAAACUAUAGGAAAUAACAACUGAACAAAAGUUGUUCAGCCUGAUGAGCAUUUUCUGUUAAGGUAAAAAAAUCGAAGAUCUGGAAUACCUUAUGCAGACCCAAAAUGGCACAGCGAAACUAUAGGAAAUAUAGAAAUGACGCCUUAACAAAAGUUGUUCAGCUUGAUGAGCAUUUCCUGUUGAUGUAUAAAAAUCGAAGAUCUGAAACACCUGAAGAAGAGUCAUAAUCGUCCAGCUGAAAUAUAGGAAAUAUAUAUAUUUCAGUCUUAUGAGCAUUAAAAGAAAAAUACCAUCUUCUGUAUAGGUAUCGUUACACUUUAUCUGUACAGUUAAAUUUCUCUAACAAUUUUGACUCCUUACAAAAAAUUGUUCGGCCAGGCAAACGAAGUUGCGGGCAUCAGCUAGUAAUAAAUAAAAGUAACGUUUAACAA